AAAGGCCGGUUUAGUUUUUCAAACCAAAUUUACAAUUGGAUAUCGAGAGUUUUAAGAUCCCUAAUUUUGAAUCAUGUCUGGUUCUUUCUUCUUCCUCCGAUCAUCUUCUCACCGAGUCUCAUGCUUCAGCUCUGAGCUCAUCUCUACGAAAUAAAAUUCCGAUUGCCAAAAAUUCAAAACCUUAUGAGGUUCUCAAGACCAUGAGGAAACACUCUUAUGGGUCAUCGACGACUUUGAGGGAAACAUUUUUUGUAUUUUUCUCUACAGAGAGACAAAUCCCUUUGAAAUUUCAAUCCUCUCGUUACGCGUUUUCUUCAAUUAUAUAAGCGAGAGACUUGUUUUCUACUCCAUAGAUUGCUUAUCCAAAACCAUUGUGGUACCUUCUUCUUCAAUCUCAAAAUUUACCAAUCUGUUUCAUGGCUUCUUUUUCUUCGUCUCGUAUGAAGAGAUUCCAUGUCUUUUCGAGCUUUCACGGUCCAGAUUUCCGUAGAGGGUUUCUCAGUCAUUUACACUGUCAUUUCGCAAGCAAAAGGAAUCACAACUUUCAAUGAUCAGGAGAUCAAGAGAGGCCACACGAUUGGACCUGAGCUCGUACAAGCGAUUAGAGAAUCUAGAGUCUCGAUUGUGGUGCUCUCGAAGAAGGAGGGAAAUUUCAGGAGCGCUUUCGAGAAGACUUGUCAAGGGAAAACUGAGGAGGUGAAGCUCAGAUUGCCGGGGAACACUCUCUUAAUUGGGCUAAUGAAGCAGAAAUGAUUGAAAAGAUUGCUAUUGAUGUUUCAAACAGACUGAAUGCUAGACCGUCUAGGGAUUUUAAGGGUAUGGUAGGAAUUGAAGCUCACUUGAAUAAACUGGACUCUUUGUUAUGCCUUGGAUGCGAUGACGUGAAGAUGAUUGUAAUUUGGGGUCCUGCGGGAAUUUGUAAGACUACCAUUGCUAGAGCUCUAUAUAACCAAAUUUGUAGCGAGUUUCCACUUAGUUGUUUUAUGGGGAACCUCAAAGGAAGUUAUAAGAGCAUAAUGGGUGUUGAUGACUAUGAUUCCAUGUUGUGUUUACAAAACCAACUUCUGUCCAAGAUUUUCAACAAAAGGGAUAUGAGGAUAAAUAAUUUAGAUGCAAUCAAGGAAUGGCUACAAGAUUCAUGAGUGCUUAUCAUUCUUGAUGAUGUAGACAAUCUACAGCAAUUUGAGGCCUUGGCAGCUUUCUUUGUUUGGUUCUGGAAGUCGGAUUAUCAUUACCACUGAAGAUAGAAGGAUUCUAAAGGCACAUGAGUUUAUGAUAUCUACCCUGUUGGUUUUCUUUCCAAAGAGAAAAAUCAACCGUUAAAAAAUUGGUUAUGUAGAAUGUCUCUCACCGAUCAAUAAAACAGAUUCAAAAGAGAAAUAAAAA